AAAAAAGGUGGUAAAAUAAGAAAGAAAUUAAGAAAGUCUAUAGAGGCGAUGAUGAUGAUGAUGGUGAAGAUAACUGUUCCCACAACUACGAUGCCAACACCAAUACCAAGAAUUCUCCGUACAAAUGGAAUCGUCGGUUUUCUUAAUCUCAACUACUUGCUUCCUCCUUUCAUUUUCCACAAAGCCAAGCCACUACUUCCCCUCCUCCCUCCCUCCCACCUACAACAAUAAUUAUGCUUCUUCUCUCUCUCUCUCUCUCUCUCUCUCUCUCGCAUUUUUUCCGUCCCGAUCGGACCCUGCCCAACUCCCCCGACCACAAUUUCAGGAAUAUGUUUGGAGGAGAUGGUAACAAUCCCGUGUUUCCUACUUUUCCUGAGGAAAGUCGGUUUCAAUAUGCCACCGGUGGAUUGCCACAACUGCAGUUAUUUGGGGAUUGUGAACUGCAAUCUGUCACAGUCCCAGUUGGAUGCAGUGUUGGCCCUUUGAACUACAGGGGAAAUGACCAUACAACUGCUAUGGAGCAGCUAAUUAAAAGAACCAUGGAAGCAGAAUCUGUUUCGAGACAACCAACGUGUCUUGUAUCUAUAAACAAAAACUUCUCUCAUGAUAAAGCCGGUCAGUCUGGAAGCAUUCUGAAUCCUAACCCUGUAUCAACUGGGCUGAAACUUUCGUAUGAAGAGGAUGAACACAACUCUUCUGUUACUUCUGCAAGUGAAAGCAUGACAGCUGUUCUCCCUAUUAUUUUGUCCCUUGGUGAUAAUCUGAAGCUUGAAAUUGAUAGGCAGAAAGAAGACUUUGAUCAUUAUAUUAGGCUUCAGGAAGAAAACUUCCUCAAGGAUGUGAGGGAACUGAAGCAAAGACACACAGUUUCCUUUCUGAGUGCCAUAGAAAAUGGAGUUGACCGAAAAUUACGUGAAAAGGAGCUUGAAAUAGAGAAUAUGAACCACAAGAACAAGGAACUAGUGGAGAGGAUAAAGCAGGUUGCCAUAGAAGUUAAGUCCUGGCACUAUAAAGCAAAGUACAACGAGUCUGUUGUAAACAUCUUAAAAAGUAAUUUGCAGCAAGUCAUGGCACAAGGUGCACUCCAUGGGAAGGAAGGAUAUGGGGACAGUGAGGUAGAUGAUGCAGCCUCUUAUACUAACCUAGAUCACCCGGGCACUGUAAAUAGUUUUGGAAAUCCAGUCUUCAUGAAGAAACAGAUGAAUUGUAGGGCUUGUAAAGUCAGGGAAGUCUGUGUAUUGUUGUUACCUUGUAGGCAUCUGUGUCUCUGUAAGGAUUGUGCAGGGUUUAUUGAUGUUUGUCCUAUCUGCCGGGUAAUGAAGACUGCAAGUGUUCAAGUAUACAUGUCUUAGCAGUGUAAUGGCAUCCAUGCAUAUUUCUGCACACUUGUUGUAUUCAUCAUUACCUUGAGUGCAACAAAUUUAAUUUAUUAAUUUCACCAUAGCUGCUGGAUUUAUGGGUUGUGGAAUUGAGCAUCUGUUAUUUCA